AGUUUGCAGCUACCACGAUUUUGAAGACAUUCAACGAAGAUGGCAAGAACCAAGCAGACCGCUCGUAAGUCCACCGGUGGCAAAGCCCCCAGGAAGCAGCUCGCCACCAAGGCUGCCCGUAAGAGCGCCCCGGCCACCGGCGGCGUGAAGAAGCCCCAUCGUUACAGGCCCGGGACCGUGGCCCUGAGAGAGAUCCGUAGGUACCAGAAGUCCACCGAGCUGCUGAUCCGCAAGCUGCCCUUCCAGCGCCUGGUGAGGGAGAUCGCUCAGGACUUCAAGACCGACCUGCGCUUCCAGAGCUCCGCCGUCAUGGCUCUUCAGGAGGCCAGCGAGGCUUACCUGGUCGGCCUGUUUGAGGACACCAACCUAGCAAUCCUCUCAAUCAUGUCUGGUCGAGGAAAAGGAGGAAAGGGACUCGGGAAAGGAGGCGCCAAGCGUCACCGCAAAGUUCUCCGUGAUAACAUCCAGGGUAUCACCAAGCCCGCUAUCCGCCGUCUUGCCCGUCGUGGCGGUGUGAAGCGUAUCUCCGGUUUGAUCUACGAGGAGACCCGCGGUGUCCUCAAGGUGUUCCUGGAGAACGUGAUCCGUGAUGCCGUCACCUACACCGAGCACGCCAAGAGGAAGACCGUCACCGCGAUGGAUGUUGUCUACGCUCUGAAGAGGCAGGGACGCACCCUGUACGGCUUCGGCGGUUAAACCAUCUUCUCCAACCCUAAACCCAAAGGCUCUUUUAAGAGCCACCCAAAUACUUGAAGCUGCAAUCCUAUGAACCUGGUAGUUUUGUACGUAUUAACCUAUAUGGUAGCAUACACGUUUUCUCAGCUGUAAACAAACAAGCGGGUUAAAACUU